AUCAUCCCUCUGUCUUCCUUCCUUUCCCUCCUCAAAGCGCAGGAGGAGGAGGAGGAAAAUGGCGCCAGGGGAGCCUGGCCACAGAGAAGGGCCACCCCAAUCUCUGCUGCCAGGCUGCAGAGGGGGCCAUUUCCUCCCUUCCUCAGCCCCCACACACUGAGGGCAGGGAUAAAGGCUGCCUCUCAUGGGCUGUUGUUGUUGUUGUUGUUGCUAUCAUCACCAUCCCUGAGGAGGCGUGUGGUGCGGUUUGCUUUGCUCUUUCACACUGGGGAAGCAAAUAUAGCCAUGCCCUCCUCCUCCUUUUCAGCCAUGGCUGGCGGCGUCCCUCCUCCUCCUCCUCCUCCUUUCCCUGCCCCCCUGAAAGCCCCACCAUCGCGGGGGGGAAGCAGGAGGAGGAGUGGGGCAGCAGCAGCAAGGCUGGACUCGGGCUCUUGGAUGCCUCGCUGAAGGCAGAGACAAGGGCGACGCUGCUGCCCAACACAGGAGCUGCUGCUGCUGCUGCUUCUGCUUCUCCUCCUUCCUCCUCCUCUUUAUUCCCUCCUCAUAACGCCUCCUCUCUCCCAGCCAAGGAGGCAGAGGGACCAGGGAUAUAAAGAGGGGGAUCCUGCUGCUGCUGCUGCUGCUGUUGUUACUGCUUCUCUUGGACUCCCCACCUUUUGCAAGCCACCUCCUCCUCUACUUCUCCUUUUCCCCCUCUUCCUCGUCUGCAGCAGAUGCGUUUGGGGGUCAGCAGCUGGGACUAUGGUGAAAUUUCCAGCGCUCACUAACUACUGGCCCUUGAUCCGGUUCUUGGUCCCUUUGGGCAUCACCAACAUCGCCAUCGACUUCGGGGAACAGGCCUUGAACAGAGGUAUUGCAGCUGUUAAAGAAGAUGCUGUGGAAAUGCUAGCUAGUUAUGGGUUGGCCUAUUCCCUCAUGAAGUUUUUCACCGGUCCAAUGAGUGACUUUAAGAACGUGGGACUGGUGUUUGUCAACAGUAAAAGAGAUAGAACCAAAGCAGUUUUGUGUAUGGUUGUGGCUGGUGCUGUAGCUGCGAUAUUUCACACUUUGAUAGCAUACAGUGAUUUGGGGUACUACAUUAUUAACAAGUUGCAUCAUGUGGACGACUCCGUGGGAAGUAAAACACGCAAGGCCUUCCUUUAUCUUGCAGCCUUCCCAUUUAUGGAUGCCAUGGCAUGGACCCAUGCAGGCAUUCUUUUGAAACACAAAUAUAGUUUUUUAGUGGGAUGUGCCUCCAUCUCAGAUGUCAUUGCUCAGGUUGUUUUUGUAGCCAUUUUGCUCCAUAGUCACUUGGAAUGCAGAGAACCUCUCCUUAUCCCCAUAUUGUCCUUGUACAUGGGAGCACUUGUCCGAUGUACCACUCUGUGCCUGGGUUACUACAGAAACAUACAUGACAUCAUUCCUGAUAGUAGUGGGCCAGAGAUGGGGGGAGAUGCUACAAUAAGAAAGAUGCUAGGUUUCUGGUGGCCAUUGGCGUUAAUUUUGGCCACUCAAAGGAUCAGUCGGCCUAUUGUCAACCUCUUUGUAUCCCGAGACCUGGGCGGCAGCUCUGCAGCCACAGAGGCAGUGGCAAUUCUGACAGCUACAUAUCCUGUAGGGCACAUGCCAUAUGGCUGGUUGACAGAGAUUCGAGCUGUUUAUCCUGCUUUUGAUAAGAAUAACCCAAGUAAUAAAAUGGUGAACAGCAGCAGCACCGUCACAGCAGCACAUAUCAAAAAGUUCACUUUUGUCUGCAUGGCCUUGUCCUUAACGCUCUGUUUUGUGAUGUUUUGGACUCCCAAUGUAUCAGAGAAGAUCUUAGUAGACAUCAUUGGUGUGGAUUUUGCCUUUGCAGAGCUCUGUGUCAUUCCGCUUCGGAUCUUCUCCUUCUUCCCAGUUCCAGUUACUGUAAGAGCACAUUUGACAGGAUGGUUGAUGACAUUAAAAAAGACUUUCGUGCUGGCCCCAAGCUCAGUGCUGCGAAUCAUUGUUCUCAUCACCAGUCUGAUUGUGCUGCCUUACUUGGGGGUUCAUGGAGCCACCCUGGGAGUAGGAUCACUUCUAGCUGGUUUUGUAGGAGAAUCUACCAUGGUUGCAAUAGCAGCUUGUUAUGUCUAUCAGAAACAGAAAAAGAAGAGGAAUGAUAAUGAGACAGCAACAGAAGGUGAAGACUCAGCAAUGACUGACAUGCCUCAAACAGAGGAAAUGACGGACAUCGUAGAAAUGAGAGAAGAGAAUGAGUAACAAUGGGAAUUGGCUGUUCUCUGCAGGGACAACUGGAAGCUUAUUUCUUCUCUCAUAUUUCAUUGUUUAUUUUUAAUAAAGAGGCCUUGAUUCCAAAGGUUUCAGAUAAUGAAAUCCCUAGCAUACUGAGUAUGCUGGCAUGGAUGAGGGACUUCAAGGAACACUCUCUGCUUUCCCUCCCUACGUUCAACUGAAUUUCUUCUCUCCCUUAAUGCAAGCUGCUGCUGCUACACAAUAGAAGGAACCUCCUUCUUUGGACAGUCUCCAUUUGUCAACCAAAGUCAUUUUGUUUCUUCAAGAAUUCUGCUGCCGUCCUUUCAUCUCCUUCAGUGCUUCCCCCCACCCACUGACCCUGAUAUACACCGUUCCUCUUUUUUAUUAUUAAUGAAAGGUUUAAAAAUGCAACUUUUUGAGGGGGGACGUAAGCUUUAUUUUAUUUGCUUGAACAUGACUUUGCUCUGUUGACCUGUACCAUGGUGGACUCAAGGUUUUGCUUUUUCAUCGUUUAGUGUAAUAUAUUGUAUACUUCUACAAACAAGAUACCAAGACAAGAGGUUUAAAAAAGAAUAAAUAAUAGAUGGAAUAUAUUAAAUAGACAUUGAUAAACACUGAA